AUGUCGCUUCUUACUAGUACCAGGAACUUCUGGAGACGUUCGAUGCGCACCAAAGAGAUAGCUGGGAACGCAGCCUCUGCGCUGAACAGUGAGAAUGUCACCGCUGUCGGGGAUCCUGUGACCUUGGUCGUUAUCGGCUGCGGCCAGCGAGGACAGUCGUAUAGUAAAUACGCCCUGACUUCCCCAGACAAGUGUCGCGUAGUGGCUAUCGCGGAGCCUCGGCCCAAGACACAACGGAACUUUGCGAAGACCCACAAUAUCGACCCGACGCUCGUCUUUGAGACAUGGCAGGAGCUUCACGCAGCGUCGGCAGAAACAAUUCAAACUGUCGGCAAACGACUGGCAGAUGCUGUGAUAGUCGCUGUUCAGGACUACAUGCAUUUGGAAGUCACCUUGGCUUUCGCCGAACAAGGAUAUCACAUCCUGUGUGAGAAACCGAUGGCUACGAGUAUCGAUGAUUGCCUCAGAAUGGAGGCUGCAGUCAAGAAAGCGGGAAUCAUCUUUGGGAUGGGCCAUGUUCUUCGGUAUUCGCCCUACAACAAGGCCCUCAGCGAGAUCAUCCACUCAGGCUUGCUCGGCCGACUUAUCAAUGUCGUGCACAUGGAGCCCGUCGGACAUUACCACUUUGCCCACUCGUUCGUCCGGGGUAACUGGGGAAAUGAAGAGAAGAGUUCAUUUUCGCUGAUGACCAAAUCGUGCCACGAUAUCGAUAUUCUCUGCCACUGGUUCUCACCUGCGUCUCCCGCGCGUGUUACAUCUUUCGGAUCUUUGCAGCACUUCAAGAAGUCAGAGAAACCCCCUGGCGCCGGGAACACGCUGCGAUGUCUAGAAUGCCCGGUUGAGAAUGAUUGUCCCUACAGCGCUAAGAAAAUCUAUCUCGAUCCUGUGGCUCAUGGAAAUACUGGCUGGCCCGCUGAGACUAUUGUGGAUGGCGUUCCAGAUAUUGAAUCCAUCACGAACGCCCUCCAGAACGGCCCGUACGGCAAAUGCGUAUACGAGAGCGAUAACGAUGUGUGCGACCACCAGGUCGUGAACAUCGAGUUCUCGGACGGCAGUACUGUUUCGUUUACUAUGGUUGCGUUCACCUCUCUUAUUUGUGAACGACAAACCCGAUUCCAUUUCUCACACGGCGAGAUCGUCGGAAAUAUGAGGAAUUUCACGGUUACCGAUUUUAGGAAAGAUACGAGUAAGGUGUACAAUCCUACCAAUGAAGGCGGUGGUCAUGGCGGAGGGGACUUGGGUCUCAUAUCAUCUUUCAUUCGUGCGGUGCGAGAAGGACGGCAGGAGAUAUUGGGAACGGACGUUGGGGAGAUACUACGCAGUCAUCUGACAGUGUUUGCCGCAGAGGAAAGUCGCAGAAAGGGUGUUAUCAUUGACUGCGCAGACUUUGAACAAGAGGCCAAGAAACGAAUAGAGUCGGUGCAAACAGUAUAA